UACUUUCCUUGCUUCCUCUCACGCACUGCUUUCUCCUCCGUCUCAUCAGCAUCAAUCUCGCCCAGCAUGGCUCCACCACCCACCACCGACGCCGAAUGGUCCUCCGUGAUCUCCUCCUUCGAAAAGUCCUUGACCGUCGAUGAAUCGAAGAAGUACCCAGCUCCAGCUCCGGGUUCGCAAGAGUUCAACAAGGCGAUCGAUCACACGCUGCUGAAGCUGGACGCAACGGCAGAGCAAUUCGACAAGUUGCUGGAAGAGGCGAAGCAAGAGAAGUUCGCUACCGUCUGCGUCCGCCCACCAGAAGUCGCCAAAUGCGUCUCCUCGCUCAAAGGCACAGGUGUAGCCGUAGCCAGCGUGAUCGGCUUUCACGAGGGAACAUACUCUCUUGACCACAAGCUCUCAGAAACAACCCUCUCCCUCUCCUCCGGCGCCCUCGAACUCGACACAGUCCUGAACUACCCCUCCCUCCAAUCCGCCUCCUACACCUCCAUCUUCACCGAACUCACGGCCCUCCGCUCUGCUGCUCCCUCCCCAGUCAAGCUAAAACUCAUCCUCGAGACUUCUCAACUCGACCGCUCGCAGAUCAUCGCUGCGUCUGUGCUCGCGGGUGUAGCGGGGUAUGAUUUCAUUAAGACGUCGACGGGGUUUAAUGGACAGGGAGCUACACUGGAGAAUGUGAGGCUUAUGAGAGCUUGUUGUGAGAAGGUUGUGGAGGAUGGGUUGAGGGAGGAGAGGUUUGGGAAGAUGGAGGUCAAGGCGAGUGGAGGCGUGAGGACGCUGAAGGAUGCGGUGGAGAUGUUGGAGGCGGGCGCGAGUCGGUUGGGGACGAGUGGUGGGGUUGGGAUUGUGAGGGAGGCGAGGGAGGGAAAGGGGAGUGGUGAGGUUGUGGAUAAGGGAGCGUAUUGA